UACUUCCAGCCAGUUAAACAUUCCAUGGAAAUUCCUUGGUUCGUUCCAAAAACUUAAAUGAAACGGACUUUGAUAAUUUGACACUGACAUUAAAUUAUAACCAAAAAAUCAAAACAAAAGUUUGUAAGUUUCAUAUUUUUACCGAUUUUCAGAUAAUUUUGGUAUUUCAAAUUAUAAAAAUGGUAACCAUUUAUCAAAAUUACAUAAGCAAAACAUUAAAAAUUCACCAAAGAUUAAUGUCGAGUAGCACUCAAGUAAUUUUUAGGGAAAAUUUGUCUGCACCUGCCUACCAGCCCGGUUUUGUCGAAAAAGAUAAAUAUCAUAAAUGGGAGCAUAAUGGAUUGUUUGAAGCUCAAAAUGGGAGUAAAAAGCCGAUUUUCAGCAUGGUUUUACCUCCACCCAAUGUUACUGGAAAAUUACAUUUGGGCCAUGCCCUAGCUUGUACAGUACAAGACGUGAUAGCGAGGAGGAAACGGUCACUAGGACACAAUGUCCUGUGGCUGCCUGGUACGGACCAUGCUGGGAUUGCUACACAGGGAGUUGUAGAGAGAUAUCUACAAAGCACUCAAAAAACGACCCGCCAUUUGCUUGGCCAGGAGAAAUUCAUAAAAGAAGUGUUGAAAUGGAAAGACAAGCAUGGCAACACCAUAUGUGAUCAGCUUCGUAGUCUAGGUUGCUCUUUAGAUUGGUCACGACAAAGUUUUACCAUGGACUCUAGACAUACAAACGCGGUAAACACAGCUUUCAUUGAGCUAUUCAAGAAAGGUCUGAUAUAUCGCAGGAAAGCUUUAGUGAAUUGGUGUACGAAUUUGAAUUCAACAAUAUCUGAUAUUGAAAUUGAGAACGUACAAAUAAAAGGACCAACGGAUGUAAUGUUGCCAGGUUAUCAGAAGCCAGUGAAGUUUGGUCUGAUUUUCAGUUUUGCGUACAAGGUUAUGGAUAGCGAUGAAGAGAUAGUUGUAGCAACAACUAUGCCCGAAACUAUGUUGGGCGAUACGGCUGUAGCUGUGCACCCGAAUGAUGAAAGGUACAACAGUCUGAUCGGUAGGCAAGUAUUUCACCCGUUCAGAAAAACACCAAUGCCAGUUAUAGGCGACGAGUUCGUCGACAUGAAAUUCGGUACGGGCGCUGUUAAAAUUACUCCCGCGCACAGCAAAAUAGAUUUCGAAAUAGGUCAAGCGCAUCAAUUGCCAGUAUAUCAAGUUAUAAACGAAGAUGGCAACAUGGUGCAUUGUGAUCAUUUAUUCCUUUUGAAGAAUAGAUAUGAAUGUCGUGAAUUAAUUCUGAAGACUUUAAAGGAUAUUGGUCUACUUAGGGAUAUAAAACCUCACGAAAUGACAUUGCCCAAGUGUAGCAGGACUGGAGAUGUAAUUUACUGUCUCCCAAAAGAACAAUGGUUCGUAAUGUGCAGCGAAUUAAAUAAAAGAGCAGUAGAAGUUCUAAAGAACGGCGAUUUGAAAGUAGCACCUGAUAAAUUUACUAAAACUUGGCUCCAAUGGGCGGAAGAUGACAGGGAUUGGUGUAUCUCAAGGCAAUUGUGGUGGGGACAUCAAGUUCCUGCGUUCAAAUGCAGUGUUGACGAUAGUCAUGUCGUCUGGAUAGCUUGCACAGAUAUGAAUACAGCAAAAUUAGAAGCCUCCAAAUUUUUGAGAACUAUGCCAGCUGAAAUCAAAGCUGUAAGGGAUACAGAUGUUUUAGAUACGUGGUUCUCAUCAGGGAUUUAUCCAUUCGCCGCUAUGGGGUGGCCAGAAAAUUUGGACAAAGAUUACAAACUGUAUUAUCCUCUGUCAUUGAUGGCAACGGCUCAUGAUAUAUUAGGGUUUUGGGUUCAUAGAAUGGUGAUACUCGGCUUGGAACUUACUGGCAGUUUGCCUUUCAAAGAUGUGUUUCUACAUGGAAUAAUUUGUGACAGCAAAGGCGCUAAAAUGUCCAAGAGUCGUGGUAAUGUUAUAGACCCGGUUGAUGUUAUCAAUGGCAUUUCUUUGGAAAAACUUAGAGAAAAGACUGAAGAUAUGAACAAGCAAGGAGUUCUAAGCGCAAAUGAAAUGAAAAAGGCCAUAGCGUAUCAUAAAGCUAACUUUUCUGGUACUAAAGGAAUUCCCGAAUGUGGUGUUGACGCUCUUAGAUUUACAUUGCUGUCUCAAGAUGUUAAAUCACAUUUUGUCAACUUCGACGUGUACCAAUGUAACGCAAACAAAUUGUUUUGCAACAAGAUAUGGCAAAGUGUCAAAUAUACUCAAAUUUCGUUUGACAAAUUGCGGAAUACGAAAGACGAAAUAACUCUCAACGAUUUAACUUACUUUGAUAAAUGGAUUCUUAGUAAAUUAGCUUAUAUGGUUGAGAAGGUGAACAAUUCUAUGGAUAAUUAUGAUUUCCAUUUAGCUGCUAAAGCUCUAAGAACUUUAAUUUACAGUGAAUUCUGUGAUGUAUACUUAGAAGCGACUAAAUCUGGAUUCGAAAGUGAUAAUGUUAAAACAGGGUAUGCUCACGCGCAUACAUUGUCAGCUGUUUUAAACACAUCCCUUAGGAGUCUCUGCCCUUUUAUGAUUUACCUUACACAUGAACUUAUACCGAAAAUACCAGCUUUUGAAAACAAUAUAAUUCAUAAUUUCAAUGAUCUACACAAAACAUGUUUAGAUAACCCAAUGACUGAAGAUUUUAUUAGUUGGAGAGACGAAAGUUUAGAGAAACAAAGCGAGAGACUGCUAAAGACUUUAAAUCUAGUCAGAGAAUUAAAAGGUCUAUACGGCAUUUCAAACAAAAUUAAACCAUCAAUAGCAAUAGACACUACAGAUGAAACAUUAGCCAAAGAUUUGGAACUUAAUAGAGCUGUUGUUUUAAAUUUGACGCGUUGUAGCGUUUUGAAUCUAGGCGAGGCUCCUAAAAGGAAUUAUGUACAAGCGCCUUUAGAUAAAACUACGAAAAUCGGUGUGGAAAUUUUGGGAGAUGAUUUCAAUAACACAAUAUUGUCGGCUAGAUCGAAAUUGGAGAAGAAGAUAAAAAAAUUGGAACAAAGUUUGGCGAAAUUGGAAGAGAAAUUUUCAAAUUCGCAUUAUUUGACGACUGUGCCACAGUGGACCCAAAUAAUGGACAGAGAACAGUUGUCGAAUAAAAAAGAAGAAUUGGACAAUUUGAGAAAAAUGUUAUCUAAUUGAUAAGUUAAUUUAAAUUGAUUGUUAUUUAUGAACUAAAUUCGUUUUGUAAAUAGACUAGAAGAGACUAAGUGAAAUUAUGUUGAA